UCAAUCUGUACCUUGUGGAGUUCGGUCAGUUUUUAAUACAGAUGCUCCUCUUUCUCCAGGCUUAGAGUCUGUUAAGAACCACUGCCGGGCAACAGUCGUCGACUUAAACUCCAACAAAAGCGCGGGUAAACUCUACUUCUUUGAAGCUAACCCGGAAGUGCUCGUCGUCGUACCUCUUGUUUGUUUCAUCAUCUUUGCUGCAGCUGUCUAUCGGGAUGGACGUGGAGGAAGCUUUUCAGGUGGUCGGGGAGUUCGGCGCCUACCAGAAACGAGCCGUCGCCGUCCUGGCUCUGACCCAGGUGUAUAUGGCGUGCCAGUCCAUGUUGGUGGUUUUGGUGGGAGCGUCUCCAGAGGUGCACGUGGAGAAGCACGACGGCGUUCAUUCACCGGUCACAUUUUUCGGGGACGUGGACUCCAUUGUGACGGAGUGGCUCCUGGUCAAGCAGCAGUCCUACAAGGUCAGCUUGGCUGGAUCACUAUUCUUCGCUGGCCUCCUGCUCGGGAGCUUCGUUCUCGGGCCUCUCUCUGACACCGUCGGCAGGAGACCCGUCUACCUGACUGCGCUGUUCCUGGAGGUGCUCCUGGGUUACGUGACGGCGGCGUCUCCGAGCUACGAAGUGUUCGCCGCCUCCCGCCUCCUGGUGGGCCUGAUGAACGGCGCCAUCGGCCUGGUCUGCUUCAUCCUCACGCAGGAGUACGUGGGCAAGUCCUACUGGGCCGUGACUGGGACGCUGACGAGCAUGACGUUUGCGGUGGGCAUCGCCCUCUUUGCGGCUCUGGGUUUCGUCAUAAGGCCAUGGAGGACGCUUGCGACAGCGGCCAACACUUGGGGAGUCCUCUGCUUCCUGCUGUCCACGUGUGUGCCCGCGCUGUCCACAACGCUUCCGGAGUCUCCUCGCUGGCUCUACUGUCGCCGUCGCACCCGGCGGGCGCAGGAGGUGAUGCGCUACAUGGCUCUGAUGAACGGUCGCCCUGCGCACAAGCUGACCUUGCGGCCGGCCGGAGGUGGCUCGGGCGGCUCAGGCGGUUCGGGCAUCCUGCAGCUGGCCACUCAUCCUCUCCUCCGUCUCAGGACGUUCCUGCUCAUGUAUGUCUGGUACGCAUGCAGUCUGGUGUAUUACGGCCUGACACUGGGCGCCGGGGAUGUGUCGGGAAACCGUUACCUGAAUGUGGCCAUGUCUGGUCUGGUGGAGCUGCCAGCCUACCCGCUCUGCGUCUAUUGCAUGAACCGACCCUGGGCCGGCCGGAGGAAGAGUUUGUCGGCUUUCUUAUGUUUGUCUGCGUGGGCCUGCCUUGGCGCCAUCUUCAUUCCAGAAGACGCGGAGACGUCACUGGGCGUGACCUCCUUGGCGCUGUUAGGAAAGCUGACGGUGAGCGCGGCCUUCAACAUCGUGUACGUGUACACGUCAGAGCUGUACCCCACUGUGGUCAGGAACGCCGGCCUGGGAGUUUGUGCCAUGUCCUGCAGAGUAGGAGGAAUUCUUGCUCCCUUUGUGCCUUCCAUGCGGGCGUUGGCCGCGGCCGUGCCUUUCAGCGUCUUCUCUUUGAGCGGCCUCUCCGCUGGCGCUUUGGUGCUCCUGCUGCCCGAGACCCUUGGCGCACCACCGGCACACACACUAGAACAGCUCCAUCCCGGCAGCCGCCGAGUCCUGGAGAACAAGCCUCUCCUCUACCAAGAUGACAAAUAGCAACCCGGUGUUAAAAGAAGCCACCGGCAUCAUCUGACUACUCACCGGACCUCCGACUGGCUACUGUUCUUCCCUUCCGAGUGGGCGGGACCAGUGGGGUAGGCGCCCAACAUUGCAGAAGAGCUUUUUUGCAUUGCUGCAUCGAAAUGUUUCACAAUGAAACUGGUUUCAAUGGUGAUAUUUAUUAGUCACAUGUACACGUAUUCACUAAAUUGUCCAUUUUUUUUUCUUUUUUUGCAUGAAAAGUUGUCUUUUUGUAACCCUUAUAACAGAAUGCUGUAUUUGGACAAAUGGGAACACAUACAACAUAUUGUCAAUGUUUCCCUGUCUUGAUGACCAGGGAACGGCUGAAACCUACCAUUGACUGAAUUGGAAGUUGUUUACAGUCUGUCCAUCAUAGGGAGCAUCAUAUUUGAUCUCAGAGGCAAAU